CGGCGCGGACAGCCCGCCGCGGGGCCUCGCGGCCGCAGCUAGGCGGCGCGGAGCGGGCCCCCUUCCUUCUUUCGCGCUCGGCAGCCGCGGUGGCAGGAUGGGGAAGUGCCGAGGCCUCCGCACCGCUCGGAAGCUCCGCAGCCAUCGCCGCGACCAGAAGUGGCACGACAAACAGUACAAGAAGGCGCACCUGGGCACGGCGCUGAAGGCCAACCCCUUCGGCGGCGCCUCGCAUGCCAAGGGGAUCGUCCUGGAGAAAGUUGGCGUAGAAGCUAAACAGCCCAACUCUGCCAUCAGGAAGUGUGUUAGAGUUCAGCUGAUCAAGAAUGGCAAAAAAAUAACAGCUUUUGUUCCCAACGACGGUUGCCUGAACUUCAUUGAGGAAAACGACGAAGUUCUGGUUGCUGGUUUUGGUCGGAAGGGUCACGCUGUUGGUGACAUUCCUGGAGUUCGCUUCAAGGUUGUCAAAGUAGCCAAUGUUUCUCUUUUGGCCUUGUACAAGGGCAAGAAGGAGAGACCAAGAUCAUAAAUUUAGACCAAUUUGCCAAGAAUAUCAAUAAAAUUUUUGAUUGGAAAAA